AUGUCUGAACCAAAUGUUCCUAAUGAACGGGACCCAUUAAUUGGUUCAAGGUACAUUAAAGGUCCAACAAUCUCGCAUUAUAUCUUGAAAUUUUUGAAAAAUUCGCAAUUCAUAAAAAUUCUUACCAUUGCUUUGGUAAUUGGUACUUUUUUUAUAUUGCAUGAAAGAGAACAACCUGAAGGUUAUGUGAUAUAUAAUGCCAACAUUUAUACAGUUGAUGAAAAAAAUCCAAAAAUUGAAGCUUUUGUGGUUUUGAAUGGAAAGUUUGUUGAUGUUGGUACAAGAUUAGAUUUGCUGCAAAAAUGGACUAGUCUUAAACAUAUAGAUUUGGGAGGUCGAACCGUAAUUCCAGGAUUAAUCGAUGCACAUGCGCAUUUAAUGCACCUUGGUGAUGCAUUAACAUCUGUUAAUCUUGUCGGUGCAAAAUCUACUGAAGACAUAAAUCAACGAAUUUAUGAAUAUCUCAAAACACAUCCUGACACGAAUGGUUUAUCUAAAUCUUUUGAUGAAUUUUUUGAUGAAUCCUUUGAUGAAUUUAUUCAAUUAUCCAAUUUUGAAAAAAAAAUCCUCAUGUUUUUACAGAAAGAUUUAGACACUGAUCCAAUACUGACUCAAUAUGCAAUAUCAUUAGUACGUAUUGACGGACAUGCUUUGUGGGUUAAUGGGAGAGUAUUAGAUAUACUUGGAAAAGAUAAGAUUCCACUCGAAAUAGAUGGUGGUGAGAUUGUAAGAGACAAGGAAACAGGUCAAUUGACGGGAAUUUUUGUUGAUAAUGCUAUGAGAUUGAUUCCAAAUCUCAAAGCGGCAAUCUACGAAAUGCAUUCUCACGGUCUUACUGGAAUUCAUGAUGCGGGGGUUUUACCUAAAUUACUUAAAUUUUAUAAAAAUACUAUUCUAUCAAAUCCACAAGAUUUUAACAUCAGAAAUUAUGCAAUGGUUGAAUGUGAAAACAAUACCUAUUGUGGUGAUCAGAUUGAGAAAAUAGAAGGGUUAGGUGACGGAAGAUUAACUGUCAGAAGUGCUAAAAUGUUUAUGGAUGGUGCAUUGGGAAGUUGGGGUGCUGGGGACAAAGCCAAUCACCUAAUCAUAAACGCAUAUGAAAAAUGUUUUAAAGAUUAUGUCCUUUCAAAAAAAAAAGAUCCAAAUAUUACCGAGAAAGAAUUAACUAAAGAAGUUAAAAAAUUAGGAGAAAGUGUUAGAUUUAGGAUUGAGCAUGCACAAAUUUUGACACUAGACGAUAUCAAACGUGUUGGUGAACUAAGGAUUAUACCAUCGAUGCAGCCUACACAUGCAACUUCCGAUAUGAAAUAUGCAGAACAAAGACUUGGUAGUGAACGUAUUAAAGGUGCAUACGCAUGGCGUUCAUUCAUUGAUGCUGGAGUAAAGGCAUUUCCUCUUUCUUCAGAUUUUCCCAUAGAAUCUGUAAACCCUUUUUUAGGUUUCUAUGCUGCAAUCACGAGAAAAUGGACUAAUGGAGACUCUCCACACGGUCCAAAUGGAUGGUUUCCAUCGCAAAAACUAACACGUGAAGAAGCUUUACGCGGGUUUACCAUUGAUGCUGCCUAUUCCGCAUUUAAUGAAGAUAUUUUGGGUUCGAUAACGGUAGACAAAUAUGCGGAUUUUGUAGUAAUCGAUCGUGAUAUAAUGAACAUUCCAGAACAAGAAAUAAUUAACACGGCCGUAUUGACAACUGUGUUCAACGGGCAAGUUGUUUUUGGAGAUUUUCGGAGGAUUGUACAAUAA